UCGUGUUUUCCGUUUCGUGCAAAGCGGACGCUAGUUCCACACUGAAUAAAGUCGAGAGUCGAUCAGGGUUUUGUGCCGUGCUAACCGGAAAUUAUAAUUUUAUUGCAGCUGUUCCAUGUACGUGCUAAACGAUUCGCGUAUAUUCUGAGCUGAAGGCAACGUUGGCACACAUACAGGCCACGCCCAUAAUGGGCGUAACCAAUUAUUCGAUGGCUAUAUGGCUGCUAUUGGUGCUGAUCGUAGCACAGAGUCAGGCGGCAAGAGAAAAUCCGCUUAAGGAUCCACGAAUCUGUGGUCGCCCACAAUGUGAUACAAACAAUCCGAAGUUUGGCUAUGGUGAAAAGCUCUAUAAAUAUGAAUAUAGGGUUUCCGUGCGCACGGAAUUCGCCGGCUCCGGGGACAACAGCUCCGAUUUGUAUUUGAAAGCGAAUCUCGAGAUAUUCUUUCCCAAGGGCUGCGAAGGCUAUCUGCGUAUCAAUACAGUCAGUCUGUACGAUUCCCAGCCAGAGGCAAACAAUGAGAGCACCGCUUCGGAAGAGAAACCAGCCAAGGAUGUCUAUGACUACUAUGACAACUUGAGCAGCGAGUCUGCCUCCGAUGAGCAUGGCUCGAACGACUUUGAGCAUAUGCAUCCCAAGAGCAGCGAAUUGUCCGUAGAUCUAACAAAGAAUCUGUUACGCUUUGCCUUCCACGAUGGCCACAUAAGCGAGGUGUGCCCCACCGAAAAGGAAUUACCUUGGGUGCUCAACUUUAAGAAGGGCAUCCUGUCGAGCUUUCAAAAUACCAUGAUGCGCUUCGAUGUGGACUACAAUACAACCGAAACGGAUGUCUCCGGCGAAUGUGACGUUCAAUAUUCAUUGGAGUCCACCGACGACGUCUUCGUGACCAUACGUAAAACCAAGGACAUAUCCUCAUGUCGACGACGUUAUGCUACCCAAUCAGUGUUACAAACUACGCCGUACACAUUCCGAGACGAUAAAACUAUUUGGCCCAUACUGAAUUCACUGAGCUAUUGUAAUUUGACCAUUGAUAACAAUGUUUAUCGCGAGAUCAGCUGCAUGGAGAGCCAUCUGCUGGUGCCCUUCUCUAACGGCAGCUCUGGUGCAUUGACCACUACAAAAAGCUCGCUGCGGUUGGAUAGCGAGGCUGCUUACGGCGUAAGCGAGUUUCUGGACAAGAAUGUUGAAUUCGUGGAGCGACGCUCUGCGUUAGUUUUUGAUCACACGCCCCCUGUGAAGCCCAGCCAUGACGAGAUCAAGGCGGCUCGCGAUCAUCUGAUGCAAAUGUGUGUGGUUGGCUUUCCCAAUAUUCAACGCGAGUUUAUCGAUGUCUUCACCAACUUUCUGCAAACAUCCAAGAGUCUGGACUAUAAGACACUCACAGUGCUGCUGGAGCGUUCAGCCAGCAUUUGCGAUCAGGGCAAAAAACACGUGCUGGAAUCACUGCCCUAUAUUGGCAGCACUGCAUCGUAUCAGGUGAUGCGCGAUCAGAUUGUAAAUGAGAAGCUAACCAAGGAAAUGGCACAUAGUUGGAUGAGCUCGCUGUCCUUCAUCACGCGACCCGACGCAGAGACACUCGAAACCUUUUACACCAUUCUCGACUAUGCUAGAAACAAACUGGAUCCGGAGUACACGCUGGGCGCAACUGCCGUAGUGCACAGCUAUUGCAAGCAUCAUGAUAAUUGCGAGGAGGAUCUCAAGGUGGUGCAGAUUAUCAAUCUGCUGGAGACCGAGUUCCUCAGCCAGUUCAAGAGAUAUCGCGGUGAUCGCAAGCAACGCGAGCGUUUGAUUAUACUGCUCAAGGGUCUCGGCAACAUUGGAGUCAUAUCCCCCGGAUUUGCAGAGCAAUUGCAGCUGAUCAUUAACAAUAAGGAGGUGCCAGUGGACAUACGCUUGCAGAGCAUACUCGCCUUCAGGCGCGUUGACUGCUUGAAGUACCGCAGCUAUUUCCUGGACAACUAUGCCGACUACACGUUUAAUUCCGAGCUGCGUAUAUACAGCUAUCUGCAGACGAUGCGUUGUCCGGAUUAUAUAUCUAUUGGUUCCAUCAAGUCCAUACUGGAGAAUGAGCAAAUCAAUCAAGUUGGCUCAUUUGUUUGGUCACAUCUCACCAAUUUGGCUAAAUCCAAUUCGCCGGUUCGCAUUGAGGCGCAGGGCUUGCUCUUGAACGAUGAGCUUGCUGAUAAGUUUAAGAUGGAUAUACGCAAGUUCUCCCGCAACUAUGAGCACAGUCUGUUCUUCGAUGAGUACAAUUUUGGCACCACAACUGAUGCAAAUCUGAUUUUCGGCACCGAUUCCUAUCUACCUCGCAUGGCCAGUGUCAAUUUCACCGCCGAUCUCUUUGGCCAAUCGGUGAACUUCUUUGAGUUUACUGCACGCGCCGAGGGCUUCGAGGAGCUGGUUGCCAGUGCCUUUGGUCCGCAGGGCCCGUUGAAUGGCAAGCUGCUGCGCAAGAAGCUCGCCUUUCUCAAUCGCUGGCUGGGCAAUGAGAGUGCCGAGGAUGAUGAUACCUUGGAUAAUCUGCUCAAUUUGGACAACUUGCGGCUGAAGCGUAAGACCGCGGAGAGCUCAGAGUCGGAUGAAGAUGGCGAAUACGAAUUCGAGGAUGAGCUAGAGGAUGCUCCGCGAUCCAAACGGAAUGCAGAUGCCACAGCUACGACACGCAAACAGGGCAUCCAGCGCAAUAUUGAUCAGCUGGGCUACAAGCUGAAGUACGACUACAACAAUCCGCGAGCGCAGUUUGGAUUGCGCGUUUUUGGCAACGAUCUGCGUUACUAUAACUUCGAGUCCAUGUCGGAGGUGGCGAGGCUAAUUACGGAAUUCAAUCCCUUCUAUCAGGCGCAAAAGGUGCUUUCGGGCAAGACCUUGAAUUACCGAAAAUCCCGAGUAUUUCUGGACGCCGCAUAUACCGUACCGCUGGCCGUGGGCAUGCCUUUGGCUAUCCAUGCAUUUGGUGCAUCCUCCAUUGAUUUGAGUGUUUCGGGCAAUUUGGAUAAAUUUGACGUUGAUUGGCAUUUCGAUGUCCAAGGCCACUUCAAGCCCUCUGUGUCUGUGGAUGUGAUCACCACAAUGCAGACGGACAUGUUCUGGGGCCAGUCGGGCAUCAAGGUCAAGAGCAACUUGUACUCUAAUUCGGAGGUGGAGGCCAAUCUGAAGAUGCGUGGCCGUAAUCUCAUAUCCUUUUCCUUCAACCUGCCACAGGACAAGAACGAAAUCUUCAGCGCACGCUCGGAGCUUCUGGUAGUGAAGCGAGAUCAGGAGCUGCCCCAGGCGGGCAUCGCCAAACGCAGCGCCAACUCCACCUGCACCUGGCCCGUGCUGGACAAGGCGAUUGGACUGCAAAUGUGUUCACAUUACAGCGUGCCCGAUCUGAGCAAUACAACCGAAGCCUUGCCCAGUUUAUUGUUAUCCGGGCCGCUCAACUUCAGUGUCAUACUGAAAAAGUCAGAUUUGACGGCGAAGAAAUAUGUAUUUGAAUACAAUUGGGAUCAACAGGAUGAGGACAAUAAUGUUAGCCUGGUAUUCAGUACGCCUGGCUCGCGGAUUCCCCGCAUUCUGGUGGCCAAUUUGACGAGUGUUCCGCAGGGCCUCAAUGCAUCCGUCUCCUUCAUCAAUGGCAAAAAUCGGGCAUCAGCUGGAUGCCGAUAUAGCGGCAAUCCGGAUCACAGACGCCUCGAUGUCUAUCUGGACAACAAUGGGAAUCGUUCACUGGAUCUGGGCAUGGAGCUGCGACGCUAUCAGGACUUUACUGCCUGGAUCUAUAAGCCACGCAUGCUUCUGACCAUCAAUGGCGUGAACAUAACCGGCUUGGUCGGCUCCAUAAAGAUCAACGAGAAGAACGGCAUCACGCAGCACGACAUCGAUCUCUCGUUCGAGACGAAGAAGCUGCAGGCUCUGGUCAGCGGCAACAUUGUGCAGAGCGAAGUGACAACCUCAACGAAUAUGACUGUCAAUUAUAGGUUCCAAGCUUCCAAGAUCGAAACCAUCAAUUUUGCCGGCCGUCUAGUCAACAAUGGCGAUAAGUCGAAGACGGAAUACCGUGGCAAUGUGAAGCUACGCACCACAGCAUAUCCGAAGCUGAACUUUGCCUCAAAUGCCACCUGGCUCAGUCUGCAAGGGCAUACCGAGGGCUUCUUGACCUAUAACAAUGCGCCCGACUAUAUCAAUCCGAAUUACACCAGCUUGAUUAGAGUGAUCUUUGCGCGCUCCAGCUCUGAGAAUGUUACUUUGGAGGGCUCGCGAACGAGGGCGAGCUUGGAGUUGAAACUGCCCAAAACGAAUAUCGAUUAUCGAAUAUUGAUCAAGCAUGAGGAGCGCAGCAAAAAUGGCACCGAGCACAAUGUCAUUGUGGGUCUAAAGUAUGCGCCCGAUAAGGAGGUAACCGGUCUCUUCUCUGUCCACCUGCCGCGUCGCAGUCUCUUUGCCAUAGAUGCCUAUAUGAAUGUGUCCGUACCCGAUUUCAAUUCCUGCACGGCCAGCGUGAAGGUGAACGAAAAGGCGCCCAAGGAUUAUAUGCUCUUUAUCAAUGGCUCUUGGUUUACGGGCCACUCGAUAGCCGUCAAGGGCAACUACAAGGAUCGCAGUUCGCGCCUGCAGGCGCUGCUCCACUUGAAAAUGAUCGUGGAGAGUCCAUCGUUCGAGACGACCUCGAUCAACAUGGUCUACAGACGCAAUCAGCUGCUGAUCUUCUUCGAUGUGCAGAGCAAAUACGGCAAGGAUCCGUACGGGCUGACCGUGCAAUAUACGUCCAAUGCGCAUAAUCGCAAUUCCAAUGCUGAGAUUCGCCUAAAGGUCAAGGAGAAGGAUUAUUGGAUCAAUUCGAAAUUGCUCUCCGAGCAGCCCAAGCAAUUGCAGGUGGAGAUUCACAUAGACAAACUUCGAGAUGUGCACAUUAAGUUGGGUCUGCUAAACAUUGACAAACGCAAGGAAGUCUCGCUGGAGCUGAAAUGGGAUGCGAAUCGUGAUCCAUCGGAACGUUUGGGCCUGCUCUUGGAGUACAAUAAUCCGGGUAACAAGCACUACGACGGCAAUGUGAUGAUCACCUAUCCGGAGCGCACAAUCAACUGCGGCUUCAGCACCUACACGGGCGGCCCCAACUACUAUGGCAAGGCGCACGGCUCCUGGAGCAUCACUGAGGUGAUUGAGUUCAGCUACAAUGCGGGCAUAAUGCCGGGCAAGAACCUGCACAACUGGCUGCACGCCGAGGUCAAUACACCCUUCGAGGGCUGGCGCACGAACACGCUGACCGCCGGAGUCUACAAUGUGCAAAAUCUGAUAUUGGCUAACGCAACGCUGUCCUGGGCGGAAGAUCAAAAACUGCAGCUGGGCUACAAGAGCGACCACGAUAUACACGAUCAGUUGGUUAGCUUCGAUGUGCGCUUUGGCAUCAACAGCACCAUCAAGGACAUUCCCACCAUCAAUGUGAAGGUGGCACACUGGCAGGAUCCAAAGAAAGUCGACACCGAUCUGUACCUGAGCUACAAGGGACAGAACGACACCUUCAACACCUACAGCGUUAUAUCCAGCUGGAAUGUGAUUCGCAAUCAACGCUAUCAGAAUAUUUCGGGCACUGUCGCCCUGGUCAGUCCGUUUGAGGGCUAUCGCAAGGGCGGGCUGGCGGCCAUGUUUUCAUUAAAUGAUAAGCGUGAGGUGCAGGGCGCAGCCUCAUUGGAGUUUGAGGUGCGCGAGUUUACGCUCACAAUGGACGGCUAUGUGCGCAAGUUUACGGAUAAUAUGCUGAUCGUAAACAUAACAACGCCGCUGGAGAAGUUCCGCACAAUUCACGGCCGAUUCGGCUUGAAUGAGAAGAAGCGACACGCUGUGGCGGAGGUGCGAGCGCCAACGGCUGCAUUGGGCAUUGAGGCGCUGGCGGAUGUUAAGAAUCUGCUCGACUUUGAUGUCAAGCUGAGCGUGGCCACGCCCAUUGAGAGCUUCCAGCAGGCGGCUGUGUUCGGGCAGGUGAACACGGAGCGCGUGGACAUGCGCGGCAUAUGGAACAAUGCCACGUUGGGCUUCACUGGCGUCUGGCAUAUGCAUAACAUGACAGACUUUGAGUACUCGUAUCUGGUGUUCACGCCGCUGGCAGGAUUCGAGGAGAACGGCUUCAUAGCGCAGGUGCUAAAGCGGGAUAACUUCAUAUUCAAGCUGCAUGGAAAGCUCUCGAACUAUAAGCUGGGCGUCAAGAUCAAUGGCCAGCCGAAGCCGAAGCUGGUGAAUAAGCUGAGCAAUCAGAAGAUGCUCUUGGACUUGCACUUUGACGAUGACUUCCAGCCACCCAAAAUUCAAGUUGACGAAGACGACGAGGAAGACGAAGAGGACUACAUCUCCUACCUGGUUAACUUCGAGGUGGACACGCUCGUGUGGCCCACCAUAAAUGGCGAGCUGGAUAUUCAAGAGAACAUGGACUUCUAUUUCUUACUGGGCAAUCUACAGCUGCCCCAGGGACGUUUAGAGUUCAGGGAUCGUCUGUACUUCCCCGACUACAUCAAUGUGCUAAAUGUCCUCACCGUGUCCACACCCUUCGACUUCGCCAAGGACUUCAAGUCCGUGCUGGAGUAUCACAUUGACUUGCAUUUCAAUGCAUUCUAUCAGCGCGUGUUGUUCAUGGUGAACGAUGUCAACGCCAAGUCCCAGGAACUGGGCUUCGAGGUCAACUACACCAAGGUGGUGGACAAUGUCAGGCCCAGGGCUUACAAUGUCCAGCUGAAGCUAAUUACGCCCUACCAGCAGCUACCCGAAAUCAAGAUAUAUGGUCGAAUCGAGCUGGAUGACAAUGCCUACAAGGGCAACAUUACGUCAAUUACAGCCCACACACAUCUCUCUCUGGCUGCUGCUGUGGAGAAUGAAGACAAUUUCCUGGAAACAUCUGUUGGCAUUCUGUUGGAAACGAAUGUUAUACCGCACUACGCUUGCAAUGCGUACUUUAAAAAGGACUUUACUGCUGUGGACAAUAUGGUUGACAUACGCUUCGAGGUCACGGACAAUGGCGUGGUUAACAAGCUGCAAAUCGAAUCCGAUUGGCAUACAGAUCCCGCUUACUAUAUCAAUGCCAAUGGCAAGGUGCAUACAACAAUGCUGCCCCUCCAGCUGGCCUCCACCUCCAUUGUGGUCACGAAGGGGCCCAGUCCGCAGCUGAAUUUCGAUCUGAAUUUCCUCAGUCGCGAUGGCCAGAGCAUUGCCUACGGCACGCGCGCCAACAAGAAGCAGGAUGUGUUCAAUGUGGAGGUGUGGACGCCGUUGAAGAACUACCGCAACAUCUCCAUGCACGGCAGCAUCGUGCGCAGUCCGCAAGAUCCGCAGCGCUACGAUGUGAUGGGCAAUCUGUAUCGUAAUAUGGCCACCUAUGAUGUACGAGGCGUGGUUCGCAUGAAGGACACGUUGCCCUUAGAUGUCACGUUGCGCGUUCAGCCCAAGUCCGGCGGUCGCGAUGGCGUCAUUGAGCUGAACGUCAAUGAGGCGGGGCCGAGGAAAAUUCGGUUCUCCUUUAGCACCAUCGAAGACGGCAAAAUGUGUCAGAUAUCUGGUGGAUAUAGCGCCAGCGACAGAAAUGGGCCCAUGGACUUCUCCGUGCUGGUUGAGAGCACCGAACCGGAAAUCGCUCGCAUUAAUUUCUAUGGCAAUCUGAAGACCAUGGAGCAGGGUCGCCUAGUCGGCGAUGUUAAUCUGCAGACGCCGUGGAAGCACCUGGGCAUCGAUGCAGUGCAUCUGCACUCCGAGAUUGGUGUACGCCCCGAUGGCGGCAAGGUCGUGGGCGAGUAUCAGAUUGGCAAGUACAUUGGACGUGGCAGCUGCUUAUGGUCCUGGAUACUGGCCGAGAAUAUGCAGCUGGUGCUGGAGAGCUACAUGGAGCGGCCCAAGGCCAAGCCGCGCAUCGUGCACGCCAGCGCAAAAUACCUGAAUCCCGGCAAGAAUUUCCUACAACUACAGUCAGGCGGUCGUCUGAGCGUCGACUCCAAGUGGAAUCUGGAUGUGAAUGGCAGCUUGCACUACAAAUCGACGGAUGACCUCGAAUUCGAUGUGCUCACCCAGCUGCCAUUGCCCGUGGGCGACAUCCACAAGCUGAGCGGCAGCUAUCGCGGAAAUAUCAUUAGCAAACAGCUGAGCAGUCCGGAAUUCAACUUCAAGGGCAGCUACGAAGCGCUGGAAGCUCAACGCAAGCUCUCGACGCACUUCAGCUAUCACAACGAUACCAAAUCUCUGAAGGGUGUGGCUCACUUGGACUGGGGUGAAAAGCUGAAUAUUUCCAUUGUCGAAGGCGUUUUCACGCUGCUGCAGAAGCAGAACAAUCGCCGCGAAUUCCAAGCGACGCUGACAACGCCCAAGUUCAAGGGCGAGCACACAUUCGGACUGAGCGGCCACUAUGACAAGCCCAGUGCGGAGUAUGUGAACCUGGUCUGUGCCCUGGAUUAUCCAGCGAGUCGUCGCCUCAGCGAUUUGGACGUGACCUUCAGCUCGCUGACCAACAUGCAUGGUGUUAUCAACUCAACGACGCCUUUCCUCAAUGUCAGCUGGUUCAAAACAGAUUUCGAAUUCACCACAAAGAGUGGCCAGAGCUAUCGUUAUGUGCGCUGCAACUGGCCCAAGGACAGCGCGUUCUUCAAGCUGAAGAGCAACUACGACAGCGACAGCAGCAAUCACAACUUGAAUGGCAACAUCGAGAUUGAGGUGCCAUUGACCACCAGACAUCGUGCGGAUAUUGCCUACGGUCUGCAGGAACGCGCCAAUCAGGAUUCGGGCAAUCUGAAGGUCGUCUAUAAUGCACAACAGAUAUUGGAUGGUAAGUACAAGCGCGUGGAGCUGAAGAGGCAUCCCAUCUACAAGGACACCACGGACAUUACACUGGAGAACGAUAUGAAGCCGCUGGGCAUACACUAUGUCAGCUCCAGGGAUAUGCGCAAUGCGGGUGAGCCCCGGGACAUCAAGCACAUCGAGGUCUUCGAGUUGCGCAACUCAAAGAACUUCAAUCUGACGGGCGAGCUGCAUGCGUUGACCACGGCAACGGCUCAGGAAUUCAAGGUGGUUGCCGUGCAUCCAAAUCGUGCCGUUAUCCUGACCACCCGGUACGAGAAUGUCAAUCCACAUGUGGUCAAGCAGCAUGCCAAGAUCGAGCUAUCGGAGACGGCCUGGAUAGGCUACAACUUGGAAAUGGGCAACUUUAGCACGAACGGCAAUGAGUCCCAGCGUUACGCAAUUGAAGUCUUUUAUCCGAAACGCAAUCUUUCGUCCUCUGGCUGGUAUUAUCUAACCGAUAAGCAAUUCAAUGCAGAUCUGCGCUUGAAGUGGGCUGGCACAGGUCCGCAUGAAGAGUCCCGAAAGAUUCGCAGCAACUUCCAGUGGAGGGCAGAGCCAUUGCGUAAGGGCGAACGGGAUCAUCAGACGUUUAUCUGGACAGUGGCUCAUCCGUACCUCGAGAAGGACGUCCUGUGCAGGGCCACGUAUUAUCGCGGCUUGCAGGAUCUACUGAAAACUCAUCUGACCAUCGACUAUUCGAAGAAGCCAGAACAGUUGAUUACGCUGGGCGCUCAUCUGCGCGAUUUGUACAGCGAAAAGGGAUUCACGAACUACACGCUGAAGAUCUACGGCUAUCAUCCGGCCUCGGAGCUCGAUGUGGAGAUGAAUGGCACGCUGGUGGCGCGUCCGUCGUACUAUAAGACGGAGUCGACGGCGCACUACAAGCGCGAUUAUUCGCCCCUUUAUGGCAAGUUCUUGGCUUUGCUGGAUCUCAACAAACGAGAGCUGGAGUACGAGCGUCGCUCGCCGUACCGCGCGGUCCGCCUUUGGCUGCUGCCAACGGUGGAGUAUCCCGUAUAUGGGCUGAAUGCCACUGUAUGGGAUACACCCGACACCAAUCACACGGGCUAUGUCUAUGUGAAUCUAUUGGAUCGUACCGCUCGCAUGGACUUCAAUCUGACUGAGGAUGCCAGCCAGAAUCUGCAAAUGGUGGGCUAUAUACCCGAUACGCGUAGUGGAUAUCUGGACAUUUGGCGCAACUACGAGGAGAUUCGCAUCAUUGAUGUGAGCUCGUAUCUGAAGAUGAACCAUUCUCGCUUGAUCACUGGACGCUUCCAUUGGCGUCCCAGUAUUAGGGACGAGCUGCGUGAGAAAAUCGAGAGCAUUAGCAAUUCGCUAUAUAACUCCUUCUCGGAUGGCAUCGAUUUCUGGAUCAAGUCUCUAUACACCGAGUCGGUGGACUCGUUGGGCGUCAUCUGGAACACGGCCAAGGAGUACAACAAGCACUUCAUUGACGACAUCAGCCAACUGAGUGUAUUGGAGGAGGAUCUGAACGACUUGCGGCUCUUUGUCAAUCAGUCGUACGAGGCAAACGACUUCUAUAUCAAGAAUGUGGUCAACUUUACGCUGACCAUAUUGGACGAGCUGGCCAUCAGGGAUCACAUCGAGUCGGUGCCCAAGAUCUUCUCAGAGCUGUGGCACGCCAUGGGUGAUUCGGGCAAGGCGCUGCGCAACAGCAUUGUCUGGCUGAUCGACACCAUUAAGGCGACCUACAACAAUGUUCUCGAUGCCAUCACGCGCUUCUUCCAUGGCGAAAGUCUAGCCUACAUCUCGACGCUCAUGGAGAAGGGCAUCGAGAAGUAUGACAAGUUCGUCAAGGAGCUGCACAUUAAGUUCAUUAAGUACAUUGAGAACUUGUGGAAUAAGUUCUGGCGUCUGGCGGAGACCUAUUGGCUGAGCGUACUGAAGCGCCUCGAGCCGCACAUGUUCAAGAUCAUCAGCUUCAUAGAGACGACCCUCUGGGAUCUGAGCAAGGAGGUCUUUGACUUCAUCUACAAGCGAACGAACGAGCUAGCUGAGUCCCCCUAUUUCAACAAGAUGUCCAGCUUUACGGCGGAUGUGGAACGUCUGUACAGGGAUAUCCAGGCGAACGAUGCCAUCACGAAUAUCAAAAAGUAUUCGACGCUGGCCUGGAACUUCAUCAAGGAGAAGUAUUUCAAGCUGGUGCCAUUUGGAGCCGAGCUGAAUGAGGUGCUCAUGGAAAUCUGGCAGGAGAUCAAGGAGUUGCAGAAGAUCGAUCAAGUGCAGAUCGUGGUGCAGAAGUACAAUGAGAUUGUGGCCAAAUUGGAAUGGAUUGCGGAUGAGCUGCAGCUGGAGUAUCGCCUCCAUCAACUGUACGGCCUGUUGCGCAACAAGUUCCGCAACUAUGCGCUGAAUGCGCUGGAGACGGCCGACAUGUACAGGGAGGCCAAGACGAAGUUCAUCUUUGAUCCGGAGGAGGGCAUCAUUGAUCUGGAGCAGAAGCUGCCCAUGUCCUGGCAUGCCUUCAACGAGACGCCCAAAUUCGAGGAGAUACCUGAAUACAAAAUGCUCGCCAAGGUGAACAGCUUCCUCAGCGAGACCAACUCCUCGAUCAUCAUGAAACUGUACAACUUGAGAACCCAUCUGGAUCCCAACACCUGGCUGCCGCCCUACUAUUCUCGUGCUCUACUCAUUGACUCACGCCACUAUAUGACCUUUGACCAGCGCUUCGUGGGCCUCAAUUUGAACUACGAGCAGCUGGCAACAGGUGGACGCAGUGGACGUUGCAGCUAUCUGUUGGCACACGACUUCUUCAAACGCAACUUUACGCUGCUGCUGGAACCAGCGGCUCAACCCCUGACAGGUCGUGGAACGGGCGAUAUAUCCACGCGCAAGCUGAGCUUCAUUGCCAAUGGACAGCUGAUUGAGAUAGAUCUUGGCACUGAUCACAUUAGCAUCAAUGGCAAUCCCCAGCCAAUAUUACCGCUUAAGCUGGGCUCUGUUAACAUCUACCGUGAGCUGGACAUUCUGUCCAUCAUCUCGGACACACAGUUCAGUCUGCACUGCAAUGUGCAGUUCGAUCUGUGCUGGCUCGAGGUGAGCGGCUGGUACUUUGCCAAGACAGCGGGAUUGCUGGGCACGCUCAAUAAUGAGCCCUACGACGAAUACACCAUGUCCAAUGGCUUGAUAACGGCCCAGACACAACAGUUCACCGACUCCUGGAGCCUGCAGCGUUGCCAGCAGACGCAGCUGGCCAGGCCGCUGCCCACGAGUCCGGAAGUGUUGCAGAUAUGCCACAGCUUCUUCCGUUCGGGCAUUUUGUCCGCGUGCAGUGCUGUCGUUGAUUCGGCGCCCUUCUAUGAGAUGUGCCUGGAUCUGGGCAUGAAAUCCCAGCCCAUACGCCCGGGCCAUCCGGCCAUCAAAGGCGCCUGUGCCGCUGCUCUGGCCUACAUCGAGACUUGCACCACGUUCAAGGUGCCCAUGCGUGUGCCGGAUCAGUGUGUGUUCUGUCAGCUGGCCAAUGGCUCCUAUGUGCCGGAGGGCAAGUUUAUCGAGCUCAGUGGUGCGGAUAUACCGCGCAGCAGCGAUGUGGUCUUCAUAGUGGAGGCCAAGUCCUGCAACCAGAAUCUCAAGGAGACCAAGAGCAUUAUGAGCGUCGUGGCCAGCAUUGAGGAGCAGCUGCAGGCGGCCAAGAUAACCAACAAUCGCUAUGCGGUUGUGGCCUUUGGUGGCGUUGAGCCUUACGAUAAGCCGCGCAGCAUUAUCUAUGAGCGUAAUGUGUUUACAUCGAGGCCCGAGCAGCUGGCGGAAUACUUUGCGCAUAUCAAUACAGGCAAUGGCACCAGCAAGGACAUCCUGCUGGCCAUUUCAGCCGCAUCCCGUUUGAACUUCCGGCCGGGCGUAUCGAAGACAUUCAUUUUGCUCUCGUGCAGCAGCUGCUCGCCCAAGGACAUGCGCUUCGAUUACACCUCCAUAUUGCAGUUCAUGCUGGAGGAGAGCGUCAAUUUGCAUAUUUUGGCGGACACCGAGUUCGAUUUUGAGCGGACGAAGAAACUGCGUCACUUCUUUGGCUUGGACAAAAAGCUGGUCUACUCGAAACGCUAUCCCGAGGGCGAUGAGGAGACGCGUAGCCAGGUGCAUAUACCCAAGAGCAAUUUGGGCAUUUGCACAUCGCUGGCGCUCGAAACGAACGGCUCCGUAUUUAGUGCACGCAAAUUGGCGCCGGAGCGCAAGUAUCCGAUAAUGCGAUUCGCCACCAUUUUCGCCAAGCGUGUGGCACAGAGUGCCAUGCCCGUCGAUGCCCAGACCUGUGAGUGCUCCGGCCACAAUUCGGGCGUGGCGUAUGUAGCCUGCUCGCCGCAGGAGCUGCCUGAUGAGAAGGGCAAUCUGGAUGAUUAUGACGUUUUCGACGACUGGGAAUGGGAAGAUGAGUUAGAUAAAGAAUCCUAAGCAAACGCAUUUAAUUAAGUUUGUAUUCGAUUAGUUAAUUAGUUACACGAUGUAAAGUUUUUGCCAAAUAAUUAAACAUUUUGUAAAAAUAAAUAACAAAUUGACGAAAAUAA